GUACGUCAGUGAGUUCCGGAGCGGAGUGCUGAGGCACGCGGAGGUAGUGGAGCGGCGCUCGGUCAGUCUCGAGUCCCCGGACACAGGGCGGAGGGAGCAUCGCCUCCUGCUUCAGCCGCUUUAAACUGACAACGUGACCAGGAGCAAGUAUUGGCACGAGUGAAUCUGGUGACAAUUAGGAAUGGCAAAUCGGGGAGGCACAGCGCGACCCAAUGGACCAGCUGCUGCUAACAAAAUUUGCCAGUUCAAGCUUGUUCUACUUGGAGAGUCUGCUGUUGGCAAAUCUAGUUUAGUUCUCCGUUUUGUGAAGGGACAGUUCCAUGAAUAUCAAGAAAGUACUAUUGGUGCUGCUUUCCUAACUCAGACUGUAUGCUUGGAUGACACGACUGUGAAGUUUGAAAUAUGGGAUACAGCAGGGCAAGAAAGAUAUCACAGCUUGGCCCCAAUGUACUAUCGAGGAGCACAGGCUGCCAUAGUGGUAUAUGAUAUUACAAAUGAUGACACUUUUGUACGUGCCAAGAAUUGGGUUAAGGAACUUCAGAGGCAAGCAAGUCCUAACAUUGUAAUAGCUUUAGCAGGAAACAAGGCUGAUCUUGCUAACAAGAGAGCAGUAGAGUUCCAGGAAGCACAGUCCUAUGCAGACGACAACAGCUUACUAUUCAUGGAGACAUCUGCAAAGACUUCAAUGAAUGUGAACGAAAUAUUUUUGGCAAUAGCAAAGAAAUUGCCUAAGAAUGAGCCACAGAGUACAGGACUAAACGGCGGAAGAAGCAGAGGAGUAGAUCUUCAUGAACCCACUCAACAGACUAAGAGCCAGUGCUGUAGUAACUAGGCUUGUUUCUAAUGUAAUUCCAUUUCCAAGUAUCCACCUCACUACUGCUUUGUAAUGGAAGAACUGGUGAUAACAAAUGAUCCUCAACAAUUUCAAAAUUUAAAGGGGAAAGCAUAUAGUUACAUUUCUAAUACAAGAUUUCUGUCUUAAGAACUUAAAAAUGUAAUGUGUUCUUCUCUUCAGUUGGUAGAUGCAUGCAUCGCUCAAUAUAAGCAUAAACUUUGCCUUCUGUAGGGAUGAACUAAUGAAAAAUGAAAUCUUAAAACCUGCUUAAAUUGGUUCAAUUUAAUGUAAGCUAUUGAAAUUUGUACCAUUUAACUAUCCAAUUAUUAACUAAGAGGUGACCUUUUGGUUAAUCCUUAAGUGUUUACAUUGGAUGUACAGUACAUAAAACCAAUAUCUAACUAUUUAUUGGAAAUAACUUUAUAAUGUAAAAUUUCCUUCAAUCUGAUCAGCAAAUUAUAAUGGAAUUGAACUUUAUUUUAGCAGGUUGUUGUGUAAAAGCUAUCCACUCUUGCACUAAUAUUUCUUGUGUAUAUUCCCUAUCAUUACUUUGCAAUUUUACUGAGAUCCAUUUCUUGUAAAUAAGGUAUUAAGACUUGGUCUGCAUUUACAUAAAUUUAUCAGUCUGCUCUGCUAGGAAUGCUGUACUGAAAAAUCAUUUAAAUACAGAACUAAUUGAAGUAGAUCAGAUUUGUUCUAGAAGGGUUAUGAAAAACUUUAUAAUUAUGAUAUAAAUAUGACAUAGAGCACUCUACAAUUGUAUGUACUGUAAGUAAUGACCAUGUAUUCCUUCAGUAAUUUUUUCCAGCCAGCUCCCAAAUGUGUGCUUUUUUUGGUUACAGGGUGUUUCUUUUUCCAUUGUAAUGCACAGUUUUUUGUAGUUACAGUUUGCAGUACUGUGGACAUAUCUUCUAAAAGGUGAAUUAUCUGAAAUCAAUAGCACAAUAUGUAAAGCAUUUUGUCAUUGCAUCUAGCAAAAGGAGCAAGGGUAAUGGCUUUGCAUUUAACAAUCGGUUAACUAAUGAAUUUUAUUUUAAAUGCGAUAAUCAAGACCAUAGUCAUAAUCUGAUGUAAACUCUUCCUCCUUUGGCUCAAUCCAUGUGAAUGCAGUGUUUCAGAACUAAAAUUAACAUUUAAAGGUUUUUGUAUUUAUUCACCUAUUAGAAAUUGGACUGUCUCUAAUCAAUUUGUUAAAAUAUACAUGUAAAUAAAUAUAUUCAAAA